UAAGCACUAUCAAUUACCAAGAUUCAAAAUAUAUAUGAAGAGUUAUAUCAAAACCGAAACAAAUAACAAGAUAUGAAAGUAAUACAAAAGCCAAAGAUAAUAUUCAUCCCUUACCCGGCGCAAGGCCAUGUCACCCCGAUGCUCCACCUCGCGUCGGCCUUCCUCACCCAUGGAUUCUCCCCUGUCGUUAUGACUCCCGAGUCUAUCCACCGAAGGAUCUCGACGACUGACGAGGAUCUUGGGAUCACGUUCUUGGCCUUAUCCGACGGUCAAGAACGUCCGGACGCACCUCCCGCGGACUUCUUCUCCAUAGAGAAAUCGAUGGAGAACAUCAUGCCGUCUCAGCUCGAACGAUUCCUACGAGAAGAAGACAAGGGUGUGGCUUGUGUUGUGGUUGAUUUGUUGGCUUCGUGGGCUAUAAGAGUGGCUGAUCGGUGUGGUGUUCCUGUCGCUGGAUUUUGGCCAGUGAUGUUCGCUGCUUACCGUAUGAUCGAAUCCAUACCAGAGCUAGUACGGACAGGCAUAGUUUCCCGAAAAGGCUGUCCUCGUCAAACAGAAAAACCAUUACUCCUACCGGAGCAACCGCUUCUAUCCACCGGUGAUCUAUUGUGGCUGAUCGGUACUCCAACGGCUCAAAAAAGACGGUUCAAGUUCUGGCAAAGAACCCUAGAACGAGCAAAAAGUCUCCGGUGGAUCUUGGUAAACUCUUUCAAAGAUGAAUAUGAACGUGAAUAUAUCAACAAAGAAAAUAACAAUCGAAACCCUCAAAUUCUUUACGUUGGUCCGUUACAUAACCAAGCAUCAACAAGUGAUAAAACUCUAACCAAGAACCCUAGUUUCUGGGAAGAAGACAGAUCUUGUCUUGGUUGGCUUCAAGAACAGAAACCAAACUCAGUCAUUUACAUCUCAUUCGGAAGCUGGGUUUCACCAAUAGGAGACUCAAAUAUUAAAACGUUGGCAUUAGCGUUGGAAGCGUCGGGAAGACCGUUCAUUUGGGCGCUAAACCGGGUUUGGCAGGAGGGACUGCCACCAGGGUUCAUCCACAGAAUCAAGAACCAAGGAAGGAUCGUGCAAUGGGCCCCUCAGAUUGAAGUUCUUAAAAGUGACUCAGUCGGUUGUUACGUGACUCACUGUGGCUGGAACUCAACAAUGGAGGCAGUGGCAAGUUGUCGGAAGCUAGUGUGUUAUCCUGUAGCUGGAGACCAGUUUGUGAACUGUAGAUACAUCGUGGAUGUGUGGGAAAUUGGGGUGAGAAUAGGCGGUUUUGGUGAGAAAGAGGUUGAAGAUGGGUUGAGGAAAGUUAUGGAGGAUGAAAAGAUGGGUGAGAGAUUGGCGAAGUUGAGAGAUAAAGCAAUGGGGAAUGAAGCUCGAAUAUGUUUGGAUAAAAGUUUUGCCAUUUUCAAGGAUGCUAUAAGAUGAGAAGAUGAGUAUAUAGUUUAUAAUGUUUCUGGAUACAAUAUUUGAUUAAUGUUGUGACUGAACCAUUGCAUUUAUUUUACUUCAGUAACAAACAAGUAAAAAAAUCAUGUGUCCUCUAAAAUGUUCACAUCACCAAAAAAAUUAUUGUGGACCUACAAUUAAUAAUUUCUAUUUCAUAAUAUAAAUGUAAAAAUAUUUUUGUUUCAAAAUAUAUGUUGUUUUCAUAUUUUUUACAGCUUGUGUAAACUAAUAUUUAUACCAACA